AUGGACUCGUCAUCAUACCCUCCUCAUCCCUCUCAUGAUGUUGGUCGUGCCGAAAUAGUCCUCAAUGCCGCCAACCUCGGCUUCGCCUACGGAAGUGCAUGCCUUGGUCGAUCUAGUACGUUCGAUUGGCGAGGAGUACUGACGGCCUGGCACUAUCAUAAAAUACGCGGCAUUGAGAGGUGUCUGGUCGCUGUUAACGAGUCCUUGCUGAGGCAUAACCCGGAUGUACCCUUGGAGCUGAAAGAUAGUUUGUCUAAGGCUCCCCCAAGAGACGGUAUGAAGGAUUUGGACGACUUGCUCACUAUUCGACUGGCCAUGGUAAACGAUGCUCAGUUCGUUGACAAUGAUAACUACAGGGAUUGGGUUGAACGGUUGCAAGAUGACAAGGAAACGCUGAAAUGGUUCUUGAACGAAGGGAUGAAAAACCAUUGUUAUUACAGCAUGUCAGCUGAUGGUGAAUUUACUCCAGUCUUAUCCGCUCCCAUGCCUCGAUCUGCAAUGGAUAUUGAUGAGGACUUGAAUGGUGACGACAACGAUGCAAAGGACGACGAGGUUAUCCCUGUUGGGUUCAGUGCCUAUCAUCUCGAUAAUCAACAGGACGCUAGUGCUAUUCCUGGUACUGUCGCUGAGCCUCACGUCAUGAAACACUUUGGAGGUCCGAGGAAGCACCCAACAGGUCCAUACAUGCAUCCUACGAGAGCUGCUAAUUUCUCUAGGAGUCAUCGGACGGAGCCUUCCGUUAUGAACUCAGUGACUCAGUAUAAAGCCGUUAACGACUCUUGGGAGGAUGGGUCAAUCCAGUUCAGCAAAGAGUUGCAUCUCAGUUCCUUCAACAAACCAUUCUGUGGUGGUGGUGGAUCAGUAGUUAACGGUGGCGUUGAGGAGUCGUGGGAAGACAACACUGUGGCGUUCGUUACUAAAGAUGGAUUUGAUUCUCAUUGA